AUGUGUGAACGAAUGCUUUUCUUAACGUCCAUAGAUAUAAUGUUAAAGAUCGGACGCUAUAUACUACUGGCGCCAGCUUUGUGUCAGGAAAAGAUGAUAAUGAUGUCAGCAUCUCAGGUAGGUGUUUAUAAUUACAAGACCAUUAGCGCGUCUGUUGUCAAUUGGUUAACAGUCUUCAUCGAUUCAACAAGACGUUUAAGCUCAAUGAGUACAGCCAAAGAGUUGGAUAGCGAUUAUAACACAAUCUCAUAUGGCGUCAGCGAAUUAUCGCUGCGGGAGGUAAAUCUAAACCAUCACCAUCAACACAAUGGCAGAAAAAAGGUGUAUGGUGCCCGGAGAGAAGGAAAAAACAGCAGAAAUGAAGGAUCGGUCGAUCUAAUUGCACCAACAGCGAAUGGAUCUAAUUCACACUUAGCGGUAUUAAAAAAUGAAAAUUACCACCUAAAUUUGGAACUCACGCAGCAACGGCAAGAGUUAGACAAUCUCUAUCAAAAACUACAGAGCCUUGAGAACCACACCGAAGUCAAAGUAUCUCUACAAUCAGUCCCAAAGUUGGAUAUUUCGAACAUGGCGUAUUCUGGUACUUCAAACGACGAAAACGAAUCGCCAACGAGAUUUCAUCCGACCUCUCUUUCGGAAUACGAAAUUGUUACGCAUUUUUCGGGCUCACCCUAUCGAGGUGCUCUGGAAGUUUCUCAACAGGAUACCAUUUCGCGUGCCAGUACUUCAACUUCACACCUCCGCCGCAAUCGCAAAUUCUUAAAAACGUCUGUUAUACCAUUCUUGCAAAGGAGUAUCGACACUUUUCAACACAGUGAGAUCUUUGAUGAAGAUGCCCAAGUUCUUCACCGAAAACUUGAAAGCUUUAAGAACCGCAAAGCUGGGGAUAAAGACACAAAGGUUAAACUAAUGGUUGAUAUCUUGGAUGGAGUCAAUCACCUACAGCAGCAAUGCAUCGCGGUGCUAAACCGGGAGCUUGAGGUUAAAAAGAUUUCUUCUCAGCUUGAAUAUUUGUUUACGAUUUUUCUGGACCCCGAACAAUAUGGACUGCGGCGCCAGGACUACAGCGACGCUUUGAGGAAGGAAAUGCUUGAUAUCAUGCUGGAACUUUUGGCUCAUGAGGGCAACGUGAAGAUGAUGAAAUCUCCGCCACGCUUUUCAAAGUGGAAACAUAAAACGUCAGGUUCCGUGCCAAAGUCAGCAGAAAGAUUAACAGCACCUUUGUUACCAGUAUUGCCUUCAACUAAGGCAUCUGCUUUUUCGUCAACACUGUCAUCCACACCAAAGCAUGCAAAGAGCGUACGGCCCACAUCUACCAGGAAGACAGCAAAUGAGAAAGAGUCCAAGCCUUCCGAUCUUCUGCAAAUGCCCGUGAAAUUUUCAGAGGAUCGUCAGGCUCCCAAAAACAAGCACGUCACCACUAAGGAGUAUCGUUCCGCAUUUGGACAAACUUAUGAAACGGAAAGUACACGUUUGAAGCAUGAUCGCCAUGUCCUGGAGUUUAUUCCAAUUGGUUAUGACGAAAUAUCGUUAUCAAGAAGGACUCCCGACCGUCGGUCUAAAUCGGAAGUGCAGCACGACAAACCUUUACAAAUGACACCACUAGCCAAGUCUUUCAGAGAUGAAGAACAAUCAGAAUAUGACCCUCUGCAGGCAUAUUUUACUGAGUUUUUCACCGAUCCGUUGGAUCAGGACGACUCAGGAUCGACUGGAACAUCGAUAUCAGCUUUGCGCGGCUAA